AUGAAUGAUAACGAAUGGAAUUUAUAUCGAAAUCGACGAUUUUACAUAUAUUGUGUUCUCGUAUCUUUACUUUGCUUUUUAAUAUUUCUUCAAACUAUUGUCUGUCGACUUAUAUGUUUAAAUGCUGGACGAGUUCUUCAUAAUAAAAUGUUUAAACGAGUAAUUCGAUGUCCAAUAUCAUUUUUUGAUACAAAUCCCGUUGGUCGAAUAUUGAAUCGUUUUACAAACGAUAUUGCUGCAAUGGAUGAUUCUUUACCAAUGACUGUACUCGAAUUUCUUGUGUGUUUAUCUCAAGUUUUGGGUACAAUUAUUCUAGUUGUAUUACUCAAUCCAUGGUCAUUUAUUCCAGCAAUAAUUGCUGCAAUUGGCAUGCUCUUUGUGAGAUAUCGAUUUGCUCCAUGUUCACGUGAUUUAAAACGACUUGUAGGAAUAACACGAAGUCUUGUUUAUUCACAAUUAACAUCAACUAUUCAUGGACUCAAAGUUAUUCGAUCUUAUCAUGCUGAAAAUAUUUGUUCUGAAGAAUUUUAUCAUCAUCUCGAUAAUAAUACACGAGUUUAUUAUUUGUGUGCAAUAUUAAAUAGAUGGUCAGCAAUGCGUUUCGAUUGGGUAACUCUAAUAUUUAUUGCUUUGGUUAUUACACUGCCUAUAAUUGUUUGUAUAAGUCAACGUCAAUUUUCAGCUGUAGAAAUUGCUUUUACACUCACAUACAAAAACGCUAUUUAUUUUAGACAAUCAGUGGAAGUUGAAAUUCAAAUGACAUCAGUUGAACGAAUACUUGAAUAUUGUUCACUUGAACAAGAACCACCUAAUCAAUUGCCAUCAAAAUAUCGAUCAGCAACAAAUUGGCCAUCACAAGGUCGUAUCAUUUUUGAAAAUGUUUCGAUGUCUCAUUCGAAAGAAUUACAUUCACCAUUGGUUCUUCAUCAUAUAUCAUUAAUAAUUGAACCUGGUGAAAAAAUUGGUAUUGUGGGAAGAACAGGUGCUGGUAAAAGUUCAUUCAUUCAAACUCUUUUUCGAAUGGGUACACUCGUCAAUGGUCACAUUAUUAUUGAUAAUAUUGAUAUAGCAACUAUUGAUUUAGAUGAUGUUCGACGUCGUAUUUCAAUUAUUCGACAAGAUCCUAUUCUUUUUACUGGUACAAUGAGAAGCAAUCUUGAUCCAUUUGGUCUUUAUUCAGAUGCUGAAAUAUGGAAUGCACUUGAACAAGUACAAUUGAAGAAAUUAGUAACAGAUAUGAUGUCCAAUGGUCUUCAUUCAUUAGUAAGUGAAAGUGGAUCUAAUUUGAGUGUUGGUCAAAAACAACUGGUAUGUUUAGCAAGAGCUUUAUUGAAAAAAAGUAAAAUUCUUGUAAUUGAUGAAGCAACUGCUAAUGUGGAUAAUAUAACGGAUGAAUUGAUUCAAAGAGCUAUUCGUGAUAAAUUUAAAGAAUGUACAGUAUUGACAGUUGCACAUCGUUUGCGUACAGUGAUUGAUAGUGAUCGUAUCAUUGUACUUAGUAAUGGGAAAUUGGUUAAAUUUUAUUCACCUCAAGUAUUACUUUCGAAUGACUACUCUCAUUUUAGUUUACUAGUAGAACAGACAGGAGCAGCUGAAGCGGAAUAUCUUCGAACAUUAACCAAUUCUAUUGAAUCAUAUACAAGGCGAAAAAAAGAAACAUGUAAUUUAGAUGAUGAGUGGACAUUAGAAACUAAUGAAAUGGAUCCUCUUGUUCCUUCAUUGAAAUCAUUAUAA